AUGUCGCUCACCAACCAGAACGCCACCGCUGCCGCCUUCCGCGCCCUGCACCAGCCCGGUAACCCUCUUGUGGUGACCAACGUCCACGACGCCGCCACCGCGGACAUUGUCUCCUCCCUACCCACCUGCAAGGCCGUCGCCACAGGCUCGUAUGCCAUUGCUGCCAUCGAGGGCGUUUAUGACGACGAUAUGACCAAGGAACAAAACAUGACCGCGAUCAGUAAGAUUGCCAAGGUAGUCGUCCCCAAGGGCAUCCCACUGACGGCAGACUUGCAGGACGGCUACGAUGAUCUGGCGGACACGAUCAAGCAAGUCAUCGCUUUGGGUGUCGUCGGCUGUAACUUAGAGGAUGUGGAUUCCAAGCAACGCAAGCUGCGCUCCUUUGACGACGCUGUGUCCCGCGUCAAGAUUGCGGUCGAGGCCGCCAAGGCUGCGGGUCUACCCGAGUUUGCCGUCAACGCACGCACGGAUGUCUUGGGUCAUGGUGGCACGGUCGAAGACGCGAUUGCGCGUGGCAAGGCGUUUUUGGAGGCCGGCGCCAACACGGUCUUUGUCUGGGGUGGACCCAGUGGUCGUGGUGUAUCGCGCGAGGAGGUCAAGCAGUUGGUCACCGGAUUGAACGGACGUUUGAAUGUCAUUCUACGAUUAGGCGAGGGUUACCUGACUGUACCCGAGUUGCGCGAGUUGGGCGUCGCCCGUAUCUCGGUCGGUCCAGGCCUUUUCCGGGUCGCGAUGAACGCAUACAAGCAGGCGGCGGAGCAGCUGCUGGCUGCUUGA